AUGAUUGACCAAAAUGUUUACUUCAGCACCCUCUUACUUUACACGCACCACUGCAAGCUGACAGUGACUGCUGCAUACCAAGAACUGCAGGAAACCUGUGUUGAAACUGCUCCAAGCCUUUCAACAUGCGAGCGAUGGCUCAAGAAGUUCGCCUCUGGGAGCGACAACAUUGAUGACAUACCCCACUCUAGACAACCCACUGAGCUGAAGAAGGGAGAUCUAUUGACCCGGGUCUUCAUCAAGCAGCUGCUGCAGAUCUCCCUUCUUCAGCUCAAGUUACAGGCCUUGAGGAAACAGGUGGAUUUGACUCAUGCUGAACUGAGUCGAGCCCAAAAAACCAUCCAGAGAAGCAAGAAAAUCAAAGAUGUUGAGACACUCACUGAGGAAAACUAUCUCUUGCAAGAGAAACUUCAUUCUCUUGAAGAAGAUUUUCGAGCUCAGAAUGAUGCCUUACUUCAGGAACUUUCCAAGAUUGUGAAAGCAAAUGAGGAGCUGGAAAAGCAAGUGAAGAAGGAGGAUGGUGUUGAAAUGAAAUUAGGUAGUCAUCAUGUAGAAGACAAAAAAGUUGACCAAAUUCUUCAACAAGUUGAUCUUCAUCUAAAGAGGUUUGAGGAAAACCUAGAUGAUGGGAUACACGAGCAGGAAGAAUCAAGUAUACCAAAGGAAGAAGAAGGCCAUACAGGAAGAGUCCCAGGAGAUGUACAUCAACUUUCUGCCCUUGUUGUCCAAUUGAAGCAAAGCAUGAGAGAAAGGCAAGAAAUGGAAGGGGACAUAGGUGCAUUUCGACUUGCUGCUGAGCAAGCUGAACAUCAUCGUACAGAACUGGAAGGACGGCUUCGAAGAAAGCAGGAGGCCUUUCUCCUUCUCCAGAAGGAAAAAGAUUACUUCCAUCAUGAAUCCAGGAACAGGUUGGAGGAGAAGGAAAAGGAGAUAGUCCAAUUGAAGGGAAUGUGUGAAAGACUCCAAAAUCAGUUGAGUUCCAAGCUGGCUACUUUGGCAGAACAGAACCGAAAGUUGGAGGGCAUAAAAGAUCAUGAAGUCAUGGAAGAACAAGUUCGUGAUCUUGAAGCCAAGAGACUGAUGCAGGAAUCCCAUUUGCAAGAAGCAGAGGAAAGAAAUGCAAGUAUGAAGAAAGCAUUGGAAGAGAAGGAAAGUCAACUCAAGUCACAACAGGCUGAGCUGGAGCAAUUAACAGAGGAAAGAGAUAGGGCCAUUUUGGACUCCAAAGACUUUCAAACCCAAGUAUCAAGACUUUCUUCUUUGGCAGAAAAGAGGAAGCAACUAAUGGAUGAAAUGGCCAAAGAAAUGCAAAAGAUGAGGGAAGAUGCUGUGGCCGAAAGAAAUCAUCUACAAGAUAACGUUCAUCAUCUUGAAGAGUGCCUUCGAUCCUCACAGGAGGAGAAAACCCAAAUGGAAAGAUGGAGGGAGGAUUGCAAAACAAUGGAAGAGCUACAAGGAGAAAUGAAGACUGAAAUGGAAAAGAUGAAGAUCAAAUUGGAAGAUGUUCAUAAGGAAUAUGAUCAUCUUGUCUCUCUUCAUGCCAUUGAAAAGAAAAGAUUGGAAGAGGAGCAUUUGCAAAAGAUCUCUGGUCUCACUGAAGAAUAUGAGAGAGAAAUAAAUUCACUGAAGAUGGAGCUAGAGAUGGGGAGUGUUGAACGGGAAGAACUAGGAGAACGGGUGAAAGAACUGCAGGCCCAACUUGGAGAUGGUCAUGAAGCAUUACGCAUUCAGGAAAAAAAGAGUAGCAGUGUGAUGAGGGAUUUGAAGAAACAGUUGCAUGCUGAAAAGAAACGGGCUGAGAAGUUGCAAGAGGUUCUUGCUGCCACUGGCUCACUCCCAGCUGGGACACAAGGACCAAUUGCUGAGGGAGAUGCUAGAAGCAUCUCUUCAUGGAGCCUUGUGAGUGGCAAUGGUGCUACCAUUCCCUCCCCAACCUGUGGAGAUACUCAGGAUGGUGGUAUUUCCCUGGAGUUAGGACCCCCUAGCACCACCACACUCUCUGAGGUGGAACAGCAAGGACUCUUGGUACGAUUGGGCAAGCUCCAGCAGGAGAAGUCCAUUCUUGAAGAGAGAUACUUUGUUGUUCUAUUGCCAUUCAUUUUGCCCCUCUUCUUGAGCCUUUACAGUCGAAGGAGCCUCUUUGUUGUGCUCCUGGGAUUGUGCCUCCUCUUCUUUGUCAUCCCUGAUGUUGUGCAUCAUCUCAUGCUCAGAGGCUCUCAUCACAAUCUCAAGGAUCCAGGGAGAAGAUGCAUCUAUGAUCGUCUUCAACCUUAUGCCAAGACCCUCAUGGAUUUUGAUGCCCACCUCAGUGGGAGGGUUGAGGAUCUGGAACCAUUGUCACUUUAUGGGAUCCCAGGACCUAAGACCUACCUUCCCAUAGCUGGGAGUGGGCAAGUGGGACUUCAUUUUCGAGGGUUUGACUCAAGCUUGUACUUGAAGAAGGAUCAAACCAUGUCACAAAGGAUUCCAUUCCAUCCACUGGUUCAGAUCUCUGUGGAAGGAGUGACUGCAUGGGAAGCUAUAAUAGUACUUUAUAAGCAAGGUGUGGUGAAGCGAUUCCAGUGCUUCCCUGUGUGGGAUGGAGUGGCUGAUGUUACGUAUGUCUCUUAUGUCCAUCGCCUCUUCCCAUCUGUCCUCGUUCAGGAGGUGAAGAUCUUGAACCCCACUGGGAUUGAUCUCACUCUUGAUCUUUCCCAAAUCGGUAUAUCCAAAUGGGAUGACCUCCACACCCGUACCAUCCGGAAGAAUCAUGGGGAGGGGGAACAUGAGUAUCAUAUCCUCAGUGGGUUGGUUGGUGGUGAUGAUGACUUUCCUGUGGCUGUGUCCAUUGCUACCUCCAAAGUCCCCCCAACACUUCAUGUGAAGAGUGGAGGUUCAGAGAGUGUACGCAUUUUAACCGUGGUAGAGUACUCUGAAGCAAGCACAAGGAACCAAGCUCAUGGCAUAAAGGCAUCCUUGGAGAAGAAGGUAGAGGCUACAUUGGAUCAAAUUAUCCAGAUUUCAGCAAUGAAGUUUCAGACUCUUCAUGCAUUGGAAUGGGAGAAACUGUGGAGAUCUGGAUUCAGCCUGAGUUAUUCUUGGGCUGGAAAUGCACUCAAUGGAGAUACCAUAAAUGCAACUAUGUAUCUCAUCCUCUCCCACAUUCCAUCUCUCUUGCAUGGCAAUUCAUCCUCUAUGGGGUCUCCCUCUCUCUAUUACACUGAAGGAUGUUAUGGAGGGCAUCAAACUCUGCAAGCAGAGAGCUUAUGGAAGAAAUCAGAGACAUGGGAGGAAGGUGUGAGCCUGACAUCUAUAUGGGUGAUGACUCUCGAGAAAAAUGGAUGUCACCAUAUGAUCAGAGCAGGUGCUGAUGGGAUCCAGCAGGCUAUGCUUCUCAGUUUUGGGGCUCUUCGAUUCUCCAACCAUCACCUAGAAUUCUCCACUCAUCCCAACGACCUCCAUCGAGAUUACUUCUUCAGGCGCAUCAAUUAUGGAAACGGGACGCAUGUGAACAUCAGCGUGGUGGUUGGAGACGACAACGUUGCCGUUCUUCAUGCCAGCCUGGAUCGCAAAGAUCGAGAAUAUUGGGCCUGUGAUGCGGGAUGCAUGGAUCCCCCCAUCCAGCUUGGCCCCCAAUGGAAGGAAUUUCCAGUGAAAUUGACCCAUCCCGUCACACCUGUCCUGUACAUCACAUCAGACAAGGCUCACAUGGAAGUACUGAAGCACACGAUUCACGUGAAGGAAGUGAAGCUCGCACCGGCACACGAUCAUCACGUGAUGUCACUCCAUCGACACGGCCACCAAUGGGGAGGCCUUCCGCCUUUCUUCUGGGCUGCACUUGCCUUCCUGGUCGUUGUUUUUCAUCUUUUUCUUUUCAAGCUCAUCUACAAUGAAUAUUGGGGUUCCGGGGAACGACUUCGCAUCAGAUUGCCCGUCCAGUGGCCACCUGAGGCAUCGAGGGGUCCGUGA